GAGUUCAUUCAUGUGUGACUUAUACCUCACUCCUGCCUUUGGUAUCCCAAGGAGAAAGAGUGAGAGAAAUUAGUGUGUCCUUAAACAACCUGUCAGCAUCUGAACCAUGAACUAUUUUCAACAUUUGAACUAAGAGAGACAGAGAGAGAUAUUUGGGGCUGCUAAAAAAUGUUCCACCAACAACAGUUGGGAUUCUCCGAGGAGUAAAGAACAUCUUGGUGGGGCUGAAAUCUGGGAUUUUGUCAGGUUUGUUUGUAAGAAAGAUGGGUGUUGUUACUGUUGCUGAACUGAAACCCAGUAUGUCAGGAAAGAGAUCUUUUCGUCAAAGUUCCAGUAUCAGGCAUGCCACUGAAUGGCCUAUUUCUGAUGUUUCCAGUGAUCUUACUAUUGAGGUAGGAGCAUCAAGCUUUGCACUUCACAAGUUCCCUCUGGUUUCUCGGAGUGGAAGAAUCAAGAAGCUGUUGGUGGACACAAAGGAUUCAAAGAUUUCACACAUAAAUCUCUCUUCUAUUCCGGGUGGAUCAGAAGCGUUUGAGCUAGCUGCGAAGUUCUGCUACGGAAUAAAUGUCGAGAUUAUGUUAUCAAACGUUGCAAUGUUAAGAUGUGCAUCAAAUUUCCUGGAAAUGACAGAAGAGUUUGCUGACAAGAACCUGGAAGCUCGUACAGAAGCUUAUAUGAAGGACAUGGUACUCCCGAACAUAUCAAGCUCGAUAUCAGUUCUUCACCAUUGUGAAAGCCUCUUGCCUAUAUCUGAAGAGAUCAACCUUGUUAACAGGCUCAUCAAUGCAAUCGCGAACAACGCAUGCAAAGAGCAGCUCACUUCAGGCUUAUUGAAACUUGAUCACAACUUUCCAUCAAAAGCUAUGUCGAAUGUGGCACCAGAAACGCCAUCUGAUUGGUGGGGAAAGUCUCUGGCAGUUCUUAACCUCAGUUUCUUCCAACGAGUUAUAUUAGCAGUGAAGUCCAAGGGUCUAAACCAGGAUAUGAUCAGCAAAAUUUUGAUAAAUUACACCCAUGAUUCUCUUCAAGGAUUGGCUGUCAGGGACCCUCACUUGGUAAAGGGAAGCAUGUUCGAUUUGGAGCUGCAAAGGAAACAAAGGGUAGUCGUUGAAGCCAUGGUUAACUUACUGCCAACUCAAUCAAGGAAGAGCCCAGUUCCCAUGGCAUUUCUCUCCAGUUUACUGAAAACUGCAAUAGCCUCAUCCGCAUCCACUUCUUGCAAAUCUGAUUUGGAGAGGCGGAUAGGUCUGCAACUAGACCAAGCAAUUCUUGAAGACAUCCUAAUACCAGCUAAUUCACACAGAAACAGUCAUACAGCCAUGUAUGAUACAGAGUCAAUCCUAAGGAUCUUCUCCAUCUUUUUGAACUUGGAUGAGGAUGAGGAAGAGGAUGAGGAAGAUCCUUUGAGAGAUGAAAAUGAUACGGCAUAUGAUUUUGACAGCCCAAGGUCUCCCAAACAAAGUUCAAUCCUCAAAGUAUCCAAGUUACUAGACACUUACCUUGCUGAAGUUGCACUAGACACAAACUUGUCGCCACUGAAAUUUAUAGCACUCACAGAAUUACUUCCAGACCAUGCUCGCGUAGUUAGCGAUGGAUUAUACAGAGCCGUCGAUGUUUUCCUCAAGGUUCAUCCAAACAUGAAGGACACCGAACGCUACAGACUAUGCAAAACCAUAGACUGUCAGAAACUAUCUCAAGAAGCCUGUAGCCAUGCAGCACAGAAUGAAAGGUUACCGGUGCAAAUGGCUGUCCAAGUGUUAUAUUUCGAGCAAAUCAGGCUUAGGAACGCAAUGAGUGGAGGCCACAAUCCAUUUUUCUUCGGUGCAACCAAUAGUCAGUUCCCUCAACGUUCGAGCAGUGGCGUGGGAAGUGGAGCCAUCUCACCCAGAGAUAACUAUGCAUCAGUGAGAAGAGAGAACCGGGAACUGAAACUCGAAGUUGCAAGGAUGAGAAUGAGGCUAACCGACCUAGAAAAAGAUCAUGUGUCAAUGAAACAAGAGAUGGUGGGAUCCCAUCCUACUAACAAGUUACUCAAAUCAAUCACCAGGAAACUAAGAAAGCUAAACUCCUUGUUCAGGAUCAACAAUAUGAAGGCUGCAGGGAGUAAAGCAAAUUCAGAAUCUCGGUUCUUGUCCCAUAGGAGAUGGCGUUACUCAGUAUCAUGACCAUUGUAAAAAGGUCUAAAACACUGAAACCGAAAUUGUAUGUAGUGUGGGAUUUGAGUGUUGGAUUCUGGGGUUGCUUUCUUCAGUUCAUUGAAAUCAUUGCCUUAACAUUUGAAGAAGAGUUUGGAGGCAAAGCCAGGCAUACACAGUCUAAAUUUGUGUCUUUUAAGUCAGUGAUAGUUAUUUGGCAAAUGUGCGACUGUGAUAACCUGUAUAUGAAUGAAAGUAGGCAGACAAGCUACUAAGCCAUCAAAAUUUUCUUCACUUAUAUAAAACCUUCUUGGCAACAUGUAAAGGUUGGAAUAAUUAGAGUUUAUGUAAAUCUACACAUUUACUUUUCAUACAAGCAAUUUUCUUUUAGA